AUGAGUCGGGUGGCUGCUCACGCGUCCCGUGCGGUUCGACGUGCCCCGGCAUGGAAAGUCGCCGGUAAACGGCCGAGUGCACUAUCCAUCUGCAACAGCUCAGUGCAAAGCUUGAGACACUAUUCCGGUGGCCGACGUCCUUCCUUUCUUCCGGCGGCACUCCAAACCUCGAUGCAUCUCCGAAACUUCUCAGUCGCCGUUAUCUCGACCGCUGUCGCCUCCGGAGCGUGGUACGCCUACAACGGGGACGCCAAAGUCCAAUCGCUCGCAACCCAUAUUCGUGGAUUCGCCUCAAGUGCAAUCAAUUCCGCCCACGCCGAAGACCCAUCGGACAGCACGCGCCGAGCUUUAUUGGUGAGCAACGAUCAGUUUUAUACGGCGACGCUUUCGGGAGACCAGCCUCUAGCGAAGACGACCGACGACUCGGAUCGACGUGUCCUAAACAUGUUGACCCCAGAACAGGCUACCGAGAAAUUGCGAAAGAACGAAGAAUCAUACCUAGUCAACAGAGGGAAGGGAGUCGUCCGAUAUGAUAUCGUCCAGGUUCCUAGCAACUCCCCAAUCGAGGAUGACCACGCGGAGAUGAUUGUCGAGGUGCCAUCAGACGUGGCAGGAAAUACAAAUGGAGACCCCAACAGCGAUUGGAAUUUCUGGGCAGUCUUUGACGGUCAUUCGGGCUGGACAACAUCUGCCAAACUACGAAAUGUCCUUAUCUCAUACGUCGCACGCGAACUCAAUGCUACCUACAAGGCCGCCGCCGCCGAUCCAUCGGUAUUAGUCCCUACAUCCGAGGCCGUGGAUGCUGCUAUCAAGCUGGGUUUUGUUCGUCUCGAUGACGAUAUUGUCAACGCGAGCGUGGACAAAGUCCUAAAGGCUAAGUCUCGUCGUGUGGCUGCUGAACUUCUCGCGCCCGCCCUCUCGGGAUCAUGCGCUCUUCUUAGCUUCUACGACUCCCAUUCUAAGAACUUGAAGGUUGCAGUUGCAGGUGAUUCGCGCGUGGUCCUCGGCCGUCGUGGUUCCAGUGGGAAGUGGACUGCCACGGCUCUGUCCGAGGACCAGACUGGUGGCACACCCUCCGAGAUCAAGCGUCUGCGUGAAGAGCACCCUGGAGAACCAUAUGUCACUCGUAAUGGUCGUAUCCUAGGUCAACUAGAACCUAGCCGCUCAUUUGGCGAUGCUACCUAUAAGUGGACCAAGGAUAUUCAAGAUAAGAUCAAGCAGCAAUUUUUCGGCCGCACUCCCUCCCCCCCACCUGAAAACUCCCCCCCUAUGUUACCGCUGAGCCUAUUAUCACUACCACCAAGAUCGAUCCUUCGCAAGGCGACUUCAUCGUCAUGGCUACGGACGAUGCUGAGCAACGAGGAGGUUGUUGGCUUGGUCGGUUCAUGGUUGGAACAACAGCAGUCCGGCAACGGUGGCAGCAAGGCUUGGCUGCAAAGCUGGUUCGGAUUUGACCAGAAGAAGCUUCCCGUGGAGGCAACCAACGAUGCCUCUGGCGAGGGCCAGCGCCGUCCUAUCCGCCAGCAGCAAUAUGACAUUUCCGGCGCGGAGAGCCGCUUUGUUGUCGAGGACAAGAACGUAGCCACCCACCUUGUCCGCAAUGCCAUGGGAGGCAAGGACAAGGACAUGGUUUCUGCACUUUUGACCUUACCCAGCCCCUACUCUCGUCGUUACCGUGACGACGUGACCGUCGAGGUCAUUUUCUUUGGCCAAGGCCCUGACUCUCGCACCGUUGAGGUUAACAAGGAGGCCAGCGCCGCAGAAGAAACUCUGAAAUCGAAGCUUUAG